AUGAAUUCCUCAACCCUUUCAACAACCUUGUUGUUCACCCUUUCCUUGAUCCUCAUUUCUCAAGCAGCAUCAGGCUCCAAGUUAUGUGAAUCACUAUGCAAGGAGGCUAUGGAGGACAGUGCUCGCUGCCUGCAAAUUCUGAAAGCAGAACCUAAAAUCGCCUCGGCGAAAAACAAUGUUGAACUCUCAAAGCUCAUCUUGCAGAUGGCAUUGAAGAAGGGAACAGAAGCUCAAAAAUACUUGAAGGAACUGAUGAAGACAAACCCUUCACCAGCUAUCAAACAAUGUGCAACUACCUUUUAUGAUGGUGUGGUUGGUUCAUUCAAAAGUUCAUUGGGUGAGAUAAAAGAGGAUGGUUUAACUGCUAACUAUGAUGCUAAAGUUGCUGGUGAUGGACCUUUUACUUGUGAUACUGCCUUGGCUGCAGAGAAGAUUAACAACCCUACUAUUGCUUCUAUUAACAGUGAGAUUAUGUUGCUUAGCAAAAUUGCUUUUCUAGCAACAAACAACCUUCCCACUGAUGAAUAA